ACUGUCGGUUGUCAGUGUCACUUUGAUAAACAUGUCAAAGUAAUUAGAACUGGUAAUUACAAAAUAAAACAAAAAUAAGCUAGGUAAUCGUUAUCAACUAAUUCACGCUCUAUGUGGAGGAAAGUCUUUUGUGUUGCGGCGCAAAGUCCCACACUGAUUUCUGAACAUUCAAGAGUGAUACGUCGAGGAAUAAAGACUGUUUCUAUAAUGAAUAAUAAAUUCAAAUUGCCGUCGCGAUAUGGUGCCGGCGAAGAAAGUGUCUGGGUAGAAUAUAUCCAAUUGGCAGCAGACUACAAGCCUGCUGUUAAUCUCGGCCAGGGCUUCCCCGACUUUCCUCCACCAGAUCAUGUGACCAAAGCUCUCAGCGACAUUGCUACGGGAGAGAAUUGUCUACUAAAUCAGUACACUAGAGGCUUUGGUCAUCCAAGAUUAGUGCAGAAUUUAUCGAAACUAUAUUCGCCGCUGAUCAAUCGUCAAUUGGAUCCAUUUAAAGAGAUUCUAGUUACAAGUGGAGCAUAUGAAGCCCUCUUCUCUACUAUUUUAGGUCACGUGGAUACCGGAGAUGAGGUUAUAGUGAUCGAACCAUUCUUUGAUUGUUAUGACUUCAUGAUCAAAUCAGCUGGAGGCGUGCCCAAGUUCAUCGCUUUAAAACCUAAAUCCAUGGAAGGCGACCAGACCUCAGCGAACUGGGUGCUAGAUGAGAAGGAGUUAGCUUCUCUCUUCACCCCAAAGACGAAGAUGCUGCUCCUCAACACCCCCCACAACCCGCUGGGGAAGGUGUUCACCAGACACGAGCUGGAGAUGAUUGCGGACUUGUGCAAGAAGCAUGACGUGCUGUGCGUGGCCGAUGAAGUGUACGAGUGGAUGGUGUAUGAACCCAAAAAGCACAUUCGGAUCGUGACGCUACCGGGCAUGUGGGAGAGGACAAUCACGAUCGGCUCAGCCGGCAAGACGUUCUCGGUGACCGGAUGGAAAAUCGGCUGGGCGUACGGACCGGCUGCCCUGAUGAAGAACCUGCAAGUGGUCCACCAGAACUGCGUGUACACUUGCUGCACUCCUGUACAGGAAGCGGUGGCCCGGUCCCUGGAGUUCGAGCUCGCCCGGAUCAACAGCCCGGACUGUUUCUUCGUCUCCCUGGCGAGGGAUCUGCUGUCGAAACGCGAUAACCUCGUGCGUGUGCUGCGAGAGAACGGCUUCCAGCCCACCGUGCCGGAGGGGGGGUACUUUAUUGUGGCCAAUUGGACUGGUUUGGAGAACAAAAUAGACCUGUCCUCCGAGCCAGACAAGUACAAAGACUAUAAGUUCACGAAGAAGUUCGCGAAGGAAGCGAGCGUGCUCACCAUCCCGCCCUCGGCGUUCUACUCCGAGCAGCACAAGCACUUGGGAGAGGACUUCGUUAGAUUCUGCUUCAUCAAGAAAGACGAAAACCUCGCCUUAACAGAAAAACUCCUCAAAGAGUGGAACGCUAAGAAGUAA